AUCUGACUCUCCGGAUAUCGUCCGCGGUCUCCCGUCUUUCUCCUGCCUGUGCAUCUAUCGCCAGAUACCAAUCCACAAGAACAAAGCGGGCACACUCGGUCCCGUCACCACCACCACCAUGUCUGGCAACUCCGGCAACAGCUACCUGGCCCAGCAGUUCCAGGUCACGGAUCAGCAUCUACAGCAACAGCAUCAGCCAAAUCAACAAAGUCAACAGCAGCAAAACGCCAGCCGGACUCCCCAGCGCCAACACCGCGUCGAGACCCCCAUCCACCCUCCUCCGAUCCCGCCCCAGCGAUCUGCUCAGCAACAGCAGCAGCAGCAGCAACCACAACAGCCGCAACAACAACAACAUCAACCCCAGCAGCAACAGCUACCAAACCUCUUCGCGCCUCACACCCAGUCACAGUUGCAACAGUUGGCUCUCCAAACCACUACGCCCUUAUACCACCAGAUCCUACCUACCCAGAAACCUCGAACUCCCGAAGAAAUCCUACGUGACCAGCAGCUGUCCGGCAAUGCGUACUGGGGUGCCCAGGCAAACUAUCCAAAUCAACACCAAUGGCUUCAGACUGCCAAGUCUCCCGAGACCGACGGGCAGCAACAUUACCAAGUACAAGCCCAGCAGCAGCAACCGCAGCAACAACAACAACCCCAACAACAGCUGAACUCGGGUCUAGCGGCAGCACAGUUCAACCCACCGCAGAAGAACUUGACACCUGAGCAACAGGCAUGGCUGGAGAAAAAAGCCCAGGAACGGGAACAGCAGCGCGCUGAACAAGAGGCAAAGUCAAGGAGUCAACGCGGCAAGGCGCUGACUCCCCAGCAGUUCCACCAACUGCAGCAAGAGGAACAGCAAAAUAAAUUCUACGCGCAUGCGCCGCUGAACCACCCGGCCUUUCGAGUCGACCACCAGCAGCACUCGCAGGGUGCCAAUGGUACCCCAGACGAGACAAUGCUUGACGAGGAGGAGGAGGAACAGGAAGAGGAGGACGAGGACGAACGAGACGAGACCAUGAACGACGCCAGCUCGAACAACGACACGCCCCAGCCCAACGGCGGCAGCGACGGAACCGCCAACCCCGCGGACGGCCAAAAUCUAGUUCCGGAUGCGAACGGAAACCUGCCCGGCUCAGCCGGCUACAAAGCUCCUCUUGUGCAGCCCAUCACCUCGCUCCGCCUCCCCACCGUGCGUCCCAACCUGAUGCUCGGGCCCUACGACACGCGCGAGCAAGCCAUGAGCUCCGUCAUGGAGUACGCCAUCAGCCAGGGCUACAUGCUGGUGCAGUCCGGGUGCGCCAAAGCCAAGAACCCGGGCGGCAAGUAUGCUAAAGGCUCCGAAGUUGUCCGGGUCGACCUGAUGUGCGACCGCGGCGGCACGUGCAAGAACAGCGGCACGGGCAUCCGCAAGCGCCCCACGCACAAGAUCGGGUGUCCGGCCAAGAUGAAGCUGGUGUGCAAGAAGCGGCACGCGAGCAAGUGGUUUAUUGAGGUGCGGUGCGAGGAGCACAAUCACGACCUGGAUCCAAACAAUAUGGAUUCCAUUGCUAGUUACCGUCGGUAUCGGAGGUUGCAGUCAGGUGGACGCGCGCUGGAGACGCAGUCGGAACGGUAUGCGCGCAUGAAGAAGCCCAAGGUGAUUCCGCCGGUGCCGCCGCCAAAGUUCCAUCAGGUCGGAGGCGGUGGAGUGGUGGGUAACCCCGUGUUCCCGCUGGGACCGCCGUCGGGGCCGUUGCACAUGGCGGCUAUGAAGGGGCAGAAUAAGAUCUUGGAGAUUCUGAUCAAUAAGGGGGGUGAUAUCAAUGCCCAUGAUAGUACGGGACGGACACCGCUGCAUUGCGCUAUUGAGGGUGAGCGGAUGGAUACGGUCACGCUGUUGGUGAACAAAGGUGCGGAUGUGACCAAGAUGGAUUCGAAGGGGACGAGCCCACUGCAUGCGGCGGUGUCGAAGGGGAUGGAGGAUGCUGUCGUGUUGUUUAUUGAGAAGGGUGCGGAUCCGAACAGGUAGAAGAGAGGAUGUCGCCCUGCUUUGUGGCUAGCCUUGACGAAGUUCACCUGCUAAUUUGCGCUCGAUAUUCGACUA